AAUGUUGUCAUUAACUAAGAUAUGAUUCUUCUCCAGAUCUAAAAAUGGUUCAGCGCCUGACAUACCGUCGUAGGUUGUCCUACAACACAACCUCCAACAAGACCAGACUGUCUCGAACACCAGGUAACAGAAUUGUAUACCUAUAUACCAAGAAAGUGGGCAAGGCACCAAAAUCAGCAUGUGGCAUCUGCCCAGGCAGACUCCGUGGUAUUCGCGCAGUCAGACCUAAAGUGCUUAUGAGACUCUCCAAAACAAAGAAGCACGUCAGCAGAGCAUAUGGUGGAUCCAUGUGUGCAAAAUGUGUUCGUGACAGAAUCAAGAGGGCAUUCCUUAUUGAGGAGCAGAAGAUUGUGGUGAAAGUGCUGAAGGCUCAAGCACAGAGCCAGAAGACAAAGUAAAAUCUGCAUUGCCUACAUCACAAUAAACUUGUUCCACUUGUA